AUGGGUGACAAACCAGCGGCGCCUAAAACUAUUCCCGGUUGGCUGAAUUUUGUAAACGGAGGUCUGAGCGGAAUGUUGGCAAACAUCAUAGUGCAGCCAGCUGACCUGGUAAAGACAAGGAUGCAACUCGCGGGGCCCAAGAGUAACAGUAGCGUCGGCACGAUAGCCAGCGAGAUCUUGAAAAAGGAAGGGUUUACUGGUUUCUAUACGGGUCUAUCGGCGUCGCUGUUCAGGCAGGCGACGUACACCACGGCGAGACUGGGAUGCUUCAAUGCGUUGUUCGAUUAUUACCAGCAUAUUCACGGCACACCGAACUUUGGAGAGAAAUUGUUACUGGGUUGUUUUGCGGGCGGUGUGGCUGCGGUGUUCGGGAAUCCGUCUGAGGUGGCGCUCAUCAGGAUGACAGCUGACGGCCGCCUGCCGCCGGAGCAGCGGCGGAACUAUAGUCACGUGUUUAACGCCCUUUCUAGGAUAAUCAAAGAGGAAGGUGCUGGGACACUUAUGCGUGGCGUGUCAGCUACCGUCACCAGAGCCAUGGUAGUGAAUGGAGCGCAACUCUCUUCUUACGCGCAAUCACGUGAAGCGCUCAUUUCCUACAUGAGCGACGGCAUACCGCUGCACGCGGUCUGCGCCAUGAUUUCUGGGCUAAUCACCUCCGCUGCUUCCUUACCCGUGGAUAUUGUGAAAACAAGAGUUCAAAACGCAACUAAAGGAACGGGUCAAAUAAGUGUUCUAAUGAGUGUAAUAAAGAACGAAGGUGUACUAGCUUUAUGGAGCGGCUUUUUACCGACUUACGCGAAAAUAGGGCCUCAUACAAUCUUUACUUUCAUAUUCUUAGAACAAUUGAAAGCUCUUUACUUUAGAAUGUAUUGA